AUGGAUGCUGAACAACUGUUUAUCGCUUGUAUCAAACAAGUAUGCCGGUUACUAUUGCUACUUCAAAACGAUCCCCAAAAUGUUGCUUCUCGCGCAUCGUCAAUGAUCAAAUGUAAAAAACUUAGUGAUACCACCUGUGCAUUAAAAAUGAACACGAUAUACACAUUUUCACUCGUCACAGAGCUCCACGAGCCUCCUCGCUUUUGA